CUGCCAGCAGGACAUGCCCUGUGUUUCCUCUGGUGCAGAUUUGAGAUAACCUGUCCAGCUGGCAGGGCCCUCUGACUGUGGAUGAAAUACUGGAUGGUGAAAUCCAGAAGGGGAGGUCCAGAGAGAGGUGGUGACUCCCUCCAAGGUCACAGAGCAAGCUAGUGUUGAAGCGCCCUGGUGGGGGCGGUGGGAGGGAUUGCUGCCUCCUGGCCCAGACUUCUACCCGCCCUUCAUUGCUCAGCUCAGCUGCCCUGUGGGGUAAACUGGGUGGAGGGAGCAGAAGAUCUGGCUUGGGAGGGAGACAGGAAAUCUGGCUGACAGUCUUACAUUUACUGCCUUUCUCUCAGACCUUGUCCACCUCUGACUGUGGCUUCCUAGCAGGAACAGAUGGACAUGGCCUGGCAGGGGACACAGUUGCUGCUUGUGGCUUUGGUGGCCGCUGCAUGGGGUGGCCAGCCCAGGACUCCACGGGCCAGGACGGACCUGCUCAACGUCUGCAUGGAUGCCAAGCACCACAAGACAAAGCCAGGCCCUGAGGACAAGCUGCAUGACCAGUGCAGUCCCUGGAAGAAGAAUGCCUGCUGCUCGGUCAGCACCAGCCGGGAGCUGCACAAGGACACCUCGCUCCUGUAUAACUUUACCUGGGACCACUGCGGCAAGAUGGAGCCCGCCUGCAAGCGCCACUUCAUCCAGGACACCUGCCUCUAUGAGUGCUCCCCCAACCUGGGGCCCUGGAUCCAGCAGGUGAACCAGAGCUGGCGCAAAGAGCGUUUCCUGAACGUGCCCCUGUGCAAGGACGACUGUCAGCGCUGGUGGGAAGACUGCCGCACCUCCCACACCUGCAAGAGCAACUGGCACGAGGGCUGGGACUGGACCUCAGGGUCUAACAAGUGUCCAGCGGAGGCCACCUGCCGCCUGUUUGAGUCCUACUUUCCCACGCCCGCAGCCCUGUGUGAGGAGCUCUGGAGUCACUCCUACAAGGUCAGCACGUACAGCCGAGGGAGCGGCCGCUGCAUCCAGAUGUGGUUCGACCCGGCCCAGGGCAACCCCAACGAGGAGGUGGCGAGGUUCUAUGCUGAGGCCAUGACUGCCGGGGCCGUGCCUCAUGGGACUGGGCCUCUCCUGCUCAGCCUGGCCCUGAUGCUGCACCUCCAGCUCCUUGGCUAAGCUGCUCCCACUGCUGACACGUGGACAUCUUCCUUGCCUGUACCCAACCUGGGUCACCUCGGCUCAGCCCAGCUCACCUCUCGAAGAUGAGGGGGCCUCACAAUGCCCUGGUCAUUCCUGAUCCAAGAUGCGUCCUAUGGGGUUCCUCUGACAGCCUGUUCUAAUAGACAGA